AUGCACGACUUGGACGGGAUGCCUUUUCAGAUGAAGGUCUCUGGCUUCAAGAACGAGCGCCUGAAUCAGGCCUUCUGCGUGGAUGAGAACUGCAGCUUGCACGAUGCCCCUCUCUACUGGAGCGAGGACACCCUGUACUUCAUGUACAAGAGUGUGGCAGCGCAGCGCUGGCGCAUCAGCCCCAGUGUGGAGGAUCAGCGGCAGCUGCUCUAUGCGGUGCGCUGGGGUGCGGAGCCUGCGGUGGCCCGGGAGGAGCAGGAAGGCUGGCAAGAGCUUGGCCUGGCCGGUACGUGGGCUGCGGUGGAUGUGCAGUGCAUCUGCCUCUUCGAGGACCAGGUGGGCGAUACCCGGCAGCCUCAGACGCCCCCGGAGUAA